AUGGUCCGCAUCAUCCCUGGGCGACUUAAGUCGAGCUCUUCCCUCCGCAACAGCCGCAGCAGUAGCCCGACAAGAAACAGCAGCAACGGCAGCAGCACUACCAGCAAGAUGGGAGACCUGAGUCCCAAGGAAAAUGGCUUGGCCUUGAAGGUCGUCAUUAUGAAGUAUAUUGUUCUGACCCUCGGCGACUCCAAAGUCACCACCCACGAGGUGCCAAAGUCUCUCAAUCCAGAGUGGAACGUUAUUGAAGAACUCCCCGUCAACACCACCCAAUGCCUCCUCCUCGACGUAAUAUGCUGGGACAAGGACCGCUUUGGCAAAGACUAUCUCGGCGAGUUUGAUCUCGCUCUCGAGGAGAUCUUCGCCGACGAGAAGAACGAGCAACCUCCGAAGUGGUACCCCCUCAAGAGCAAGAGACCUGGCAAGAAGACGAGUGUCGUCUCGGGCGAGGUCAUGCUGCAAUUCACUCUCUUUGACCAGUCAAACACCGCCGCCACUCGCGAGCAGAUCUUUGAGAAGUUCUACGCCCUCGUCAGCCAGCUUCCUGCAGGCUCCAGACAGAUCACGCCCACCAUGACGCCCCUUAUCCAGCCCGUUCAGAACAUGAGCGUGCGCAGCGGGGCCACCUCCUCCUCGCCAUCGUCAUCCAGCAACCAAACCGACGCCGACCAGGAUGAGGACGACGACGACGAUCUUGAUAUCGAAGACGAUACCCCCGAAGACGAGGACCCCAGCAAGCCCGAAGUCGCCGAAAAGCGCAAGCGCCGUCUGAGGAUCAAGGGCUUGAAGAAGAAGAAGAGAGACCGCGCAUACGAAUUCAAUAACAGCGGAAGCGAUGUUGUGGGAAUCAUCUAUCUCGAGGUCUUGAACAUCACAGACCUCCCUCCCGAGCCCAACUCGACCCGAUUGACGUUCGACAUGGACCCGUUUGUCGUCGCAUCCCUCGGCAAGAAGACGUACCGAACGAAACGAGUGCGGCACAACCUGAACCCCGUCUUCAAUGAGAAGAUGAUCUUCCAGGUACAAGGACACGAGCAAACGUACUCAUUCUCUUUUACCGUCAUGGAUCACGACAAAUACUCCGGGAACGACUUCAUUGCCGACUGCACCCUGCCCAUCAGGGAGCUCAUCGAGAAGGCCCCCAAGGCAGAUCCCGAAACCGGUCUGUACGACGUUCCCGAACCUCACGAGUACGUGCCCCCGCAGCAGCGCCGCUUCAAGAAGCUCGCCAUGUCUCGCACGUCUUCUUCCCAAAGCCUCAGCAAGGUCCGUCCCGCCUUGUCCAAGAACACCAGCAGCGCUUCUACGACAACGGCCUCGCAGAGUGGGACGGCGACCCCGACGCCUGCCGUCCAGGGAUCGACUCUGAACCCGGAGUUCUUGUCCCCUGAGCAAGCCCUGGCUGGGGCUGGUGCCCAGACCGCCGAGCUGGAAGCCGAGGAUAACGACUUCCAUGAAUACAGCGUUGCUUUGAAGAUGAAGGACGCCAAGAAGUGGGAGGCCAAGCACAACCCGGUGCUUUACAUCCGCGCCAAAUACGUGCCUUACCCGGCGCUUCGCCAACAGUUCUGGAGGUCCAUGCUCAAGCAGUACGACACCGAUGAGAGCGGCCGCAUCAGCAAGAUCGAGUUGACCACAAUGCUGGACACGUUGGGAUCGACGCUGCAUGAGUCGACCAUUGAUAGCUUCUUCCAGCGGUUCCCUCACAGAGUGCAGGGCGAGGACAUAUCAGACCUGACCUUUGACGAGGCCGUGAUUUGCCUGGAGGACCAGCUGGAAGCCAAGAGCCGGCCGCAGCUUAGCGUCGGGGAGAAGGUGAAGGGCAUGUUGCCGGACGCUGAAAAGCUCAGCACGCCCGGAGAAGAGGGUGACCUGCUCGACCGGGACGAUUUAGCGGAAGACCGCUCUGGCGAGGAACAUGUGGUUGAGAUCAGAGAAUGCCCCAUUUGCCACCAGCCUCGCCUGAACAAGCGCAAGGACACCGACAUCAUCACUCACAUUGCUACAUGUGCCAGCCAGGACUGGCGGCAAGUCAAUAACCUCGUCAUGGGCGGUUUCGUCACCGCCAGCCAGGCCCAGCGCAAGUGGUACUCCAAGGUCAUUACCAAGAUCUCGUACGGUGGAUACAAGCUUGGCGCCAACUCGGCCAACAUCCUCGUCCAGGACCGAAUCACUGGCCAGAUCAACGAGGAGAAGAUGAGCGUCUACGUGAGACUCGGCAUCCGUCUCCUGUACAAGGGACUGAAGUCGAGCAACAUGGAGACCAAGAGGAUCCGUAAGAUGCUCAAGAGCAUGAGUGUCAAGCAGGGCAAGAAGUUCGACGACCCGGCUUCCAAGGCCGAGAUCCCCAAGUUCAUUGAGUUCCACCGCCUCGACAUGUCUGAGGUGCUCUUGCCGGUGGAGGAGUUCAGGAACUUCAACGAGUUCUUUUACCGAGCUCUGAAGCCCGAGGCACGACCAUGCUCCGCCCCCGACCGUCCCGAUGUCGUCGUCUCCCCGGCCGACUGCCGCAGCGUUGUGUUCAACAGCGUCAGCCAGGCGACCAAGGUCUGGAUCAAGGGCCGCGAGUUCUCCAUCAAACGCCUGCUCGGGGACGCCUACCCCGAGGAUGUGAAGCGCUUCGAGAACGGUGCUCUUGGCAUCUUCCGUCUGGCGCCGCAAGACUACCACCGCUUCCACAUUCCUGUCGACGGUAUCUUGGACAAGCCGAAGACGAUUGCGGGAGAGUACUACACAGUCAACCCCAUGGCCAUCCGUUCGGCGCUCGACGUCUACGGCGAGAACGUCAGGGUCCUGUGCCCCAUCGACAGUCCGGUGCAUGGCCGUGUCAUGGUCAUUUGUGUCGGUGCCAUGAUGGUCGGCAGCACGGUCAUCACUGCCAAGGAAGGCGCCCAGGUCAAUCGUGCCGAAGAACUCGGAUACUUUAAGUUCGGCGGCAGCACUAUUGUACUGUUGUUCGAGCCGGGCAAGAUGAAGUUCGACGACGACCUGGUCGACAACUCGAACGGAGCUCUCGAGACUCUGGUCCGCGCCGGCAUGUCUGUUGGACACGCACCCGACCUGCCACAGUGGGCCCCCGACAUGCGCAAGGACGCAAAGGAUGUGACGGACGCCGAGAAGAAGGAUGCCAAGCGUCGCAUCGGCGGCAGCAUCGGGGGAGAGGAAUCGUCGAGCGGCGAGGAGACCCCCGGCGCCAGCGCGGACCUCGGCACGCACGCGGCAUCGGCCAUGUAG